UUUAAGCCCUAUAUCAAAAUUUUAUGAAAAUCGGAACAUUUUGGUUUUUAAUUUCUAUCAAGAAAUUAGUAAAAUAAUUGAUUAUAUCAAUAAUAAUUGUUUUCAUGUGAUCAAAAUGAACCAACCAGAUGCAAAUUACUGGUUGACGCUUGCAGCACAAUGGAUUCAAAGCAAAUCGCAGACACAAGUAAAUUUUCCAGCUUUUGCUCAUUUACCACCACCCCCAGAAGCACCACGAAUAACUGAUGCUACUAACAAUGAUAAUCUGGUUGAAGCUGAUAUGGAAAUAGAAGAUGCUAAGGAAGAACAUGAAUCGCCUCAGAAUUGGUCAAAUUGGCACAACAAAGAGCCAACGCCAAUUGUUCCAAUUAUUAGUCUUCAGCCUCAUCCAAUAGUGCAGACUAACCCAAAGCAUUUUCCAGUGAAGCAACAAAAUCAUUUUAAUGAACAUAGGAAUGAAUUUAUCAACAAUACACAAUUUAACCAGAUUCCAAGCAUCAUCGAUUCUAGUGUACCAGCGAAUGAGUCAAUUCAAUCAGUUGACAUGGUUCUUGACUCUGAUGAUGAAGAUGAUGAAAAUGAAGAAGAGGAUAUUGAAAGUGAAGAAAUUCAAGCUCAAAAGCGCAAGAAGUUACCAGUAUGGAUUCGUGAAGGAUUGGAGCGCAUUGAAAGAGAGAAAAGACUCGAACAAGAAAGAAUUCAGAAGGAAAAGGAGCAGCAAGAAAGUGAAGAGAAUCGCAAAAAGAUGAUGGAAGAAGCACUUCGUGAACUUGAACGUGAAAAGUUUACAAAAAGCAGAUACGAAUCGGAUUCUGAUGACGAUGGAAAUGAAAAUCCUCGUGCUGAUAAUUCAGAGACUGAUCACAACUUAUCAAACAGAAGAGCAGCAAUUGAUGAAUCACAAGAUGAAGAAGACAACCAUGAGAAAAUGAUGCUUCUCGUCCGUAAAACAUUAACUGAAAUCUUCCUAGAAGUAACUCAUGAGAAGAUUGUAGAGAUAAGACUAGGUGUAUAUAGCAACAGUAGUGAUGAGGAGUCUGAUGAUGAGGAGAAGGGGAAAUCUGAUGAUCAAGAUGAUGGUUGGGAACCCGAAUCAGCCGUGAAGGAAAGAAUUCGUAUUAAGUCAAUUGCUUUCGAACAAAGAGCCAAAGAGAUUAGAGAAAAUUUAGCAAAAGCAGCUGAAAGUGAACAAGAGCGCUUUAGUAAAAGACAUGAUGAUGUGGAUGAUAAAAAGUCAUCGCCAACGAAGCAUGAUCCGGAUAACGAACGAACAAAUAUGUCGAGGAGUCGUAAGAAUGAUGGUGAGGAAAAGUAUGAGCAAAUUUAUUCGAUUUCUUCUUCGUUUGCAUCAAGUGGCUUACCACGAGAUAAGAAGAAAUCGCGCUUUAACGAUCCGAAAGAUCGAACAACAAGUAUUCUUGUAACGCAUGUUGGAUUAAUGGAUGCAACAGUAAAAUCGACAUCAGAUUCUGUUGCUUCAUCGGUUGUUGUACCAGCUGCGCCUUCAUUUUAUCCUUCAGUUGAUUCUGUCUCGGCGACAAGAAAGAAGAAGGAAAAAAGCAAGAAACGUUCAUCAUCAUCGUCAUCUACAUCUUCGUCCUCAUCAAGCUCUGAUCGACAUAGGAAACAUAAAAAGCAUAAAAAAUCGAGUAAACAUAAGAAAAAGUCAAGUAGACGACGAUCAAGAUCGCGAAGUCGUGAUAAACGAAAAUCCCACAAAUCUGAUCGUCAUUCAAUCGAAUCAAAAUCAUCGAUUAGAAGCUCCGAAUCGAGAAAACAUCGUUCCAGAAGUCGCAGUAGAUCCCAUCAUCGAUCGCGUAGGUAUUAGUUGUUCUCUCAUUUAUUUCUACAGAUAAUCGUCCCAGCAAUAAAUUUCAAUAACUUCUGCUUUAUUCGAAACAUCUUUCAAAGGAAUAUUUGAUGAUAAUUUAAAUUUCAAAUUAAACUCAACAUCUCUUCCAAAUUAUUUUAAUCAGUCCAAGAUGUUGUCCCUUGAUAUGGCCGAAUAUAAGUAGAUGAAUUGUCUGCUUUAUAUUUGAAGCUCAUUAAAGCUAAUUAAAGAGAAAUGAUAACAGAAAAAUAAAUGUUUCUCAAUUGAAACUUGAUUCCUAUACCAUUUGUGGACAAUUUUCUGACAAUUCUAUUGUGAUCAUCUUUGAAUUGAUAGAAAAAGUAAAUAAAUAAUAAAAUUCCUUUCUUUUUGCAUAAAAAUUUAGUUUUAUUUUUUUUUGCUUUGAAUUUUUCUUUUGUUUUUCAUAUAAACAGCACAUAUAAUAUUGGAAUUAAUUUAUAUACAAAGUUUUAUGUCCUGUUCACAAUUUAGAUGAUGGAAGAGGUAAGAAAAAAGUUCAUGAAAUGAAGUUGUGGAAAAAUGUGAAAAUUAUUCACCAACAUACUCAAUCCAAAUGUUUUUCGUCAUUUUAACUUGAAAUUUUCCUACUCCACCCAUCAAAUAUUUGGCCAUUUAUGGCUAACCAUUCACGCACAUUCGCUUAGAUUUGCUUUAAUAAAUAAAUUGCAGCCUUUAUAUUUGGAUAAUCUUCUCAUUUUCCAAAACGUUGCUCACACUUUGCAUACUUGUAUAGUACUUUAAGAUAUUUAUCUAGAGAUAAUGUACGAAGCUUGUAACUGAUUUGUAUAAACUCUGUGAGCCGAAUUUGCCACGGCAUGAAGCCCAUUGUGCAACAGAUGUUCCCGAAGUAAACUGUCAAGUCUGGAUCUGACAUUUGACCAUAUAACUUCGAAAGUUCUUCAUCGAUGUAAUCGAUUGUAAAUUUGCUACAAUCUACUGUCUUACCACUACUUCCUUUAUCACUUAACAAUUCUCUUCUCAAUAGUUGAUCGAAUUUUUCAUGUCCGUCUUCUGACGAGUAAAUAUUUACGACAAUGUGUCUUUUGAAUCCGUUUCUAUGAGGGAAUUUGAUACCAUCAUUGUCGGUCAUAUGUUGGAAAUUUAGACCCCAAACAAUGUUUUCGUUAUCAGUGUUAUUAGUACAAUGUUGCUGGAUGAAUUUAUGAAAUGAUGACGCGAGUUGAUUUUUCAGAAUCCCUGAAUCGUAAAAGCUUAUAAAGUUCACGCCUGAUAUUAGUGACCAAUCUACUAAAUUAGUCAGUUGCAUCAAAUCGAUGUCCUUCUCACUGUCAGCAUUGAGAAUAACAGCAAGAUGCUUUGGAAUUUUCUUUAUAUUUUUAAGAUGAAGUUCAAUUUGAUGUCUUUGAUCACUUGAAUCAUGAUUCCAACUAGAUUUUGUGUAUUUUUUGAUGAAAUUGAAAAAGUUUUCACGAAAUUCUAAGCCGAAAUAGAAAAUUGUUUCUAAAACAUCGGCCAAUAGAUGUGCAAUUAUCCAUAAUAACUUUAACAAUGAGAAAUUCAUCUCAUAGUCUAACUAAAUAGAUUUAAAAGUUUCUAAUUCA